CACUUACGAGCCGGCGACAGCCAAAGAGAGAGGUCGGAGAGGAGAGGCAACGAGAAAGGCGAAAGAAAGAGAUGGAGAGCAGAGAGGCACACAGCAGAUGAGGGGCAGAAAUUGGAUGGAGUGGGUGUAAAACUAAACAUUAGACAAGACAGUGGUGCGUCACGAGCUGGAGAUUGGACUCACCGGGGGGGAAUAUGUCCAAACCUUCAUCCAACGUUAAAGCCCUGCAGGCUAAUUUGAACAUCCCGAUGGGAGCUCUGCGUCCAGGGGCGGGACAUCCUGUCAAAAGAAGAGAGGAGACAGCAGACACAGAAGAGGCUCAUACGCCAGACCCCCCAUCCCAACCUCCAGCCCAGACGCCGGAGGAGAAGAAAGCGUUGCCGGGCGCCGUGAAGCUGCCCGGGCCUGCCGUCAACCUAUCAGAGCUUCAGAAUGUAAAGAGUGAACUACGAUGGGUUACCAAGGAUUAACAUUCCUCCAGGACCCUCCUGCCAGGUGUAGAAGACGGGCGACACUCCUCCCGGACCCCUCGGCCGCUGACAAGCACAACAGACUACAACCUCGACAUGUUUCUGAACACUGACAGCCGUCUCUGGAGCGCCACCUUUACCAAAUCCCUUCCAAUCAGUAAUUCAUCAUUGCAGUUUUUAUGAUCAUUUUUGAUCCUUUUUGCAGUGUUUAUUAUUCAACUAUAUCCAAAAUUAAAUUACAUUUUGUACUUGCUUCUGCUGCAGAUGAGAAGCAACUCAAAUUGGACCCUUUCAUAGUCAGUGAGAUGUGUUGCAGUUCUUUAUUUUUAUUGUUUUGGAGUAAUUUAUUUUCAUAAAAUUUGUUGGAAGAAGAAAACAUUUAAAGCGUCUGCCUUGACCUCGAAGCAAACCUCUCAUCCUUAUUUUUCUGUGUUAAACUUGACUGAUUCAGCUCAGAUAUAUACUGAUGCUCUCGACUAAGUGCUGUCAGUCUGAAUGUUUGCAGAGCAGCUGAUGAGUUGAAGAGAUUUCAGGCUUAUUAUCUUUUGUUUUUCUGGUGGGGGGAUGGGGGGGGGGUCACAAUGUGUUUGU